AUGUCAUGGCGGAUGGGCCUACGCACGUUCAUGCUUAUCGCAUCCAAAGUAUGGAGUUGUUUUUGUUAUAUGUUUAGAAAGCAGUAUCGAGCGUUGGCUCAAUAUCAAUCUGUCAAAUAUGAAAUCUAUCCUCUCUCGCCUGUAUCUCGACACAGGUUGAGCUUAGUUAAAAGAAAAAUGCUGGUGUUGGACCUAGAUGAGACAUUAAUACAUUCUCACCAUGAUGCGAUGUUGCGGCCAACAGUGAAACCGGGUACACCCCCGGACUUUGUGCUCAAAGUGACAAUAGACAAACAUCCUGUCAGAUUUUUUGUGCAUAAACGGCCGCAUGUUGAUUACUUUUUAGACAUAGUCUCUCAGUGGUAUGAGCUGGUGGUGUUCACGGCAUCAAUGGAAAUAUAUGGUGCUGCUGUUGCAGAUAAAUUAGAUAAUGGCCGGGGUAUUCUGCGGAGACGGUUCUAUAGACAACACUGCACCGCAGAACACGGCUCCUACACGAAGAACCUGUCGUCAAUAUGCGACGACCUAAACAGGGUGUUUAUACUGGACAAUUCACCGGGUGCCUACCGGGACUUUCCAGACAACGCGAUCCCGAUCAAGUCGUGGUUCUCGGACCCGCUGGACGUGGCGCUGCUCAACCUGCUGCCGGUGCUGGACGCGCUGCGGUUCACGCACGACGUGCGCUCGGUGCUCUCGCGCAACCUGCACCUGCACCGCCUCUGG